UCAUGAGCCAUGAUGCCAUUAUUCUGUAGCCAGACACUGAGGGAGACAAACGUGUUCGUGGUAGAUAUACAAACAAUCCAACAAGUGGAGUCUUUGCUAAAAUGUGUGGAGAUUUAUUAUCUCCACACAUUUAUUUAGUUGAUACUUUUAGAGACAGGAACUAACUUACAACACUUCCUUAGUGUAAUCGGAAUGACAGAUUAUUGCCAGGUCUGAAGUGAUGGACUUUACAGCUCACAUCUACAGAUAAGUGGCAACGUUGCAGAGAAACAUAUUGUUAGAAAAAAAGGGAAGAGCCUCAGAGAGGGGAAAACAGCUGAGUACCAACACGGACCAAUAUCACUGAUUCCUGUACACCAACCAGUACAGCAUUCACAGCAUACCAUCAGGAAAGAGACAGGUGAUGGAGAUGUUUUUUAAGCCUGUUCACAGCCCUUCUACCCUGGAUGAGAUCAAGCCAAGGAGGCACCACCACCAUCACCAGUAUCACCAUGACUCACAGUCACACAGGUCGGAUGGGUCAUCCCAGUUUGCUAGGUACACACCGUUUGAUGAUACAGACAAAAAUGCAAAUGAAAGACAUGAGCACUCCCACCACCAUCAUGGUCACCAUCUCCACGACAGCCCUCACCGCGAGGCUCACCGUCGUCAUCACACACACCAAGUUUCCCACAGUGAAGAGGAUGAGAUACAUUACAACCACCACACCCCAGUAACCCUCUCUAGGUCCUCAUCCUCUUCCCUUUCUUCAUCUCCUUCCUCCACCUCCUCUUCUUCCUGGUACACAGAGGCAAGCACAAAUAAUCCUUUCUCUGUACUCCAUGCUGUGCGGCCACAGCAUUCCCUAUCUUGCUCCAACAUCUUAGAUGUCCGCAGAGGUUUUCAGGAAGAUGACAGCAGUGAGCCUGUUGUCUUUGCCUCCAUUAAACAUGGCACAAAGGGCAGUGUUUCUCAUGAGAUUCAUGGAAGCUCUCAACAGAGGCAUGUUUUUUCUUCUCUUGACCGAGGUCACAGCAGAAGUGAAGAAGGUCCUCUGAAUGAAAUAAAUAAAGAGUGUGAUCUUGGGGGAGAAUACUCCAGGUCAUCACACAUAAACGGGCCAUUGUACAAGACAGCUAGUCUAAACCGAAGUCUGGCUUUUAGUGAGGAGGACAUUUUGCUCGGGGUCUCCAGAGGCCCCAAAAAAGCUGUGUCGUCCAGUCAGCUACCCAGCAAGGGGAUCCUCAAGAACAGGGAACGUCCUACUGACAUUCGCAAGGCAAAGUCGAUGGAGGUGCUGUCGCCAAGAGUUUCCAAAACACAAGAUCUGAGAGGACAGAAGAAUAAAGGGGUCACUCAAGCUGAGCUAGAGCAAGCCAGGUCCAAUUUUGUCCAAGGAAAGUUGCAGUUCUCUGCAUUUCUUGAUGAGAUAACAAAACAGGUUAUAAGUCCAUCAGACCUCACCAUAUUGGGUGUGAACAAAAGCAAAUCAGCAAGGAAGUCACUUGCUCCAGUACUUCAGACAGAUAGUCCAAUCAAACCUCAGCUCCCACCCAAAAAGCACAGAGAGAGCUCAGAAGAUGAGAGGGAGCAGCAUCCGAAACAUCAAAACAGACAGGAAAAAUUGGCUUGCACUGGCAGUCAGAAUCAACUAGACUUCUCCAGUCCUGAUAAACUAAUCUCUUAUUCAGCCAGAAGCCACCAUGGUAGCCCACCCCCUCAUACCCUGCCUUAUUCCACCAACCAUAACGCUCACCAUGGAAGCAGGCAUAAAAACAGGAAGCCAUCGCCCACUGGAGGUUCUGUGCAAAGAGACAGGUUUGGUAGAUCUGGAUCUCACUUUACUGAUGGCACCAGCAACAGCCCUGAGCCCAGCCAACCCGAACAACGCCACCACCACCACCGCCAAAAGCAUCCCACUGCCUCCCACCUUCCACACACUCAACAUUUCCACCAGACCCUGCCUCAGCAUGUGUACCCAGAUUCUGGACAUCAAAGACCUGCCAGCGCCUCAUCAUCCUCAGCCCAGUGUGCAGGAGCAGGCCUUGGGUCUGAGUCUUCGUCUACUAAAUCGGAUUCAUCCAGGGCCAGAGACACGGCCUCCACGGCCACCAGUCACAGUUCAGAGAAGAAUGGCAGACACCACUCACACAUGGGCUUGGGCCACUCUAAGCAAUGCAGGGACACACUGUGUGAGGCCAAUCAUCUCCAGGUGUUGCAGGAAGAGAAUGCAGAUCUUCAGCAGAACCUGCUGCAGACAGUUGUUUGCAUUGAGAGCCUGGAGGCGGAGUUGCAGAGAACCAGGGACGAGCUCAGUCACGUCAAAGAGAAAUAUAAAAGUCUUCUGGAGACGCACAGUGGAACCAAGCAGGCCAAUGAUCUGCUGGGUGAACACCUUCACAUAGCGUCAGAGAGUCUGAACAGUGAGAGGAAGCUCCUGUUAAAUCGCGUGUCCCAGCUGAGUUCAGAGUUGGAGGCUGCUCACAGGACCAUCGCUGCCCUAGAGAACAUCAAUGUGCCGUGCUUGAUAAAAGAUUUAUUAGAGAAGCACUUUUCCUCAGCGGAGUCCAUACAGAAGUUUGAGAGAGCCUCUGCUCCAAUCAGCUGUUCUGCCACCUCUCCACAAGGAGACUGCCGAUCCCACACAACAAAAGGGGAUGAAGAGUCACAUGAUCGGCUGACAAGCCCAGAGACAGGUCCUCAGAGAGUCACUGCUUUCAUGCCAUUUAAACACGGGGUGCCAAAAACAACAGCUGAGGCCAGUCUCUCAAAUCAACAUGAGUCCACCCACAGCCAACCUGACAUCAGCACUGCUAUAUAUAAGAAAAUGGCUGCUAGUUAUGCAGCGAGACCACAACCUCUUUAUCCCCAAAUUCAGCAGCAGCAGCAGCAGCAGCAGCCUCUUGUGGGCACUUACCAAUGUGACACCCCUCUAAACCUUCAGCCAACCAAUGUGGGUGGUGAAUUUUGGGCCGGAGAGGGAGGAGUGAAGGUAACACUUUUAGAGCAUGACGUUGUAGAUGUGACCUCCAUGACAGCCCAGCAGAUCUUGAAUGAUUUUAUGGAGCAGCUGCAGGUCCAUAAGGACGUGGGUGGGGGAACAGGGCCACAUGUCAAGCAGGAUUGGGUGGGAGGAGCAGAACAAACAGGCAAAAUGGCAGAUUGAAAAUUUCAAUCUGCCAUUCCAAUUCAUUAAAAAAACUACAUCUUUUGUAACAAGAAAAGUAAGAUGCAAAAAGCCCAGUUUGUGUAACACUUUAACACAUUGAACAGACAAUAUCGAAAUAUAGUUUAAUUCAAUCAGGUAUUCAAGAACAGUUCCCUCUAAAACUGUCAUUCUCUCCCAUAUUUACAGAGCGCAUGUUAAUCAUUUUAGAUAUUACCUAUGAUAUACACACAACAAUAGUGAGAAUUGGUUUCUGUCUUUAAUAAUAUUUAAAAUUUAAUGCAAUAUUCUGUGUUUAAUGAUUAUGUUUCAAAGAGAGUUUAGCAAUACGGGGUACAGUACUGAGCUCCUUAGGUGCAGAUGAUCAUAGACAUAUUCGUAUACACAUAUAUGUAUAUAUAUGUGUAUACGAAUA